GACUUGAACCCUGAUACAGUUUGGAUGAUUCAUACUCCAAGCAGUGAUUGAUUUGUUAUUGAUAUUAUUAGAGGAAGGGCUGAUGGCAUUUCUCUUUUUAUAAUUUCUUGUUUAGAUACAUCUUUUUAUAUGUAUAGUGCAGUGUUCGUUAUCAUCUUUUAACAUCGUUAAUGGAUCAAAGCGCAUUAUCGAGCAAACACCGGCAAACUGUAGAAAAGUUUGACAUAAAGAUAAUUCCGUGCGUGUAAUUUUAGCAGUAAAUAACUGAUUGCGUUCAUCAAAUCGUUGUCAUUAUUGUUUUUGUCGUGCAACAAUUCUAACAAUAAUGGCUACUCACGAAGAGGACAAAAGCGAAGGUUCUACCGAGAUGGAGGUGGAUAAUGAAGGAGAAGAAACUGAGGAAGCUGAUAAGAUAUUAAUUAUAGAUCCUGAUAGCGAAGAAUUAGAUUUUAAUCAUUCAAAACUAACAAAAUUGGAAAAUUUGGAGCCAUUGACACAAAUACGUAGAUUAUGUUUUACAUGGAAUUUGAUUAAAAAGAUAGAAAAUCUGGAUACACUCACUACUUUGGUAGAAUUAGAAUUAAGAGAUAAUCAAAUUAUGACUAUAGAAAAUCUGGAUGUUUUGGUGAAUUUAGAACUUUUGGAUUUGUCAUUUAAUCGUAUCAAGAAGAUAGAAGGGCUGGAUAAUUUAUUGAAUCUACAAAAAUUAUUCUUAUCAUCAAAUAAAAUUUCACAUAUUGAGAAUAUCUUACAUCUGGUAAAUCUUACAACACUUGAAUUGGGUGAUAACAAGAUACGUGAAAUUGAGAAUCUAGAGGGUCUUCAGAAACUGAUCAAUUUGUAUCUUGGUAAAAACAAAAUCACUAAAAUUCAAAAUUUAGAGAGCCUGCAGGAUCUUACAUUGUUAAGUCUACAAAGUAAUCGCAUUGUAAAAAUCGAAAAUAUUGAAGAAUUAAGGAAGCUAGAUCAAUUGUAUUUAUCUGAGAAUGGUAUAACGUGUAUAGAGGGCAUAGAAAAUUGUUCGGGAUUAACGACGUUAGAUCUUGCUAAUAACAAAAUUAAGAAAAUCCAAAAUAUAGAUCAUCUUGAAAGUCUUGAGGAAUUUUGGAUGAACAAUAACGAGAUCGAAGACUGGAACACAUUGGAGAAUUUAACAGCUAACAAGAAUUUGCGAACUAUAUAUUUGGAGCAUAAUCCUGUCGCAAAGGAACCAAAUUACAGGAGAAAAAUCAUGUUACUACUGCCGUGGCUCGAGCAGCUGGAUGCGACUCUUUGUAAGAGGAAAAUAUGUUAACAAUGGAAAGAACAACAAUGAAGCGUGUAGCACUAGCGACUCCAAAAUAGCAUUAAUUAUUUAUGAAAAAUCAGUCCAUGUGUCUUUGUC